AUGUCUAAUACUCUUGCUAUCCCCGUCCCCUCGGGAUAUUCUCCUACUCACAGUGAGAUGCUUUUGUUUCGAUACAUCGAAACCUUACCCUUCCGACACGCCCUUCGAGUCCUAGACCGUUGGCCUGAGGAUUCUCCCAUGGGAGAGUAUGCUACUCAAGUUCUACGCGAUAUUCCUGCGAACUACUUCCAGCAGCCUAGAAUCUUGCCCACCGGGCCACGCUUUGUCUACACGAACGGCGUGCUGGAACUGAAACGUAUUGACCAAGCAUUGCCUAUGCAGCAACUCCACCCAGACUCAACUACUGGAUGUGUUGGGAAUGCGAUGCAGGAUGUUCUCUCCGCUCCCUUGGAGCAACGCCGUCUGCGGCCUCUAAACUCUUUCAUGAUCUUCAGAAGUUUCUGUGCACCCAUGUUUCCUGGCAUCCCACAAAAGGUCAAGUCGAUGGCCAUCAGCGAAAUGUGGCAAGACGAUACCUUGAAGUCCCACUGGGCUAUUCUCGCCAAGGCGUACACGAUCAUUCGUGAUCAUUUCGAUGUCGACACGCCUUCCCUUUCUGGCUUUGUUGACCUUUGCCUGCCUUUGAUGGGUUUCCUGUCUCGUCAGCAGUAUCUCGCCUCGUCUGGUUGGAGUGUCCAGCCCGUUGGAAACAGCCUCAGCUUGCGCAAGAUCGCCUCGUCAACUUUGCAUAACCUCGUUACGCCAUCCAUCGCCGUUGACCAAGUUGUGAAACACUGCACCGAUCACAACUUCGCCCAGGAACGUGAUGAAGAGUGGAACAAGCACAUCACCGAAGAUGGAGCCGUGUUCGCUGUGGAGCCAUCAUUUACAGCCACCAUUCCGGAGCCUCAGAACUGGGUCCUUGGCGACGUUCCUCAGUGGCCAAUUGAAGAAUUUGAAGUUGAUGAGAUGUACUCCACCCUGGAUACUGAGCAUGAUCAUGGCCUUCCUGUCAUCUAUGAUCCAAACAAUCACGCCUCUUAUUCUUCUACGAUGGCGACCCUUAAUCGACUCCUCGGACACAACAACUAG